AUGGUGCAAGAUUUGCAGGUUGCCAAGAAUCAGAUCUCGAAGCAGAUGAAGCCACCCUUCAAAAGAGCAUGCAAUAGUGCUGAAGAGCCUUCCAGCAAGAGUGCCAAGUUUGAGCCGACGCCAGUAAAAACAGAUGUGGGUGUGCCCUCGCAUCAGAAGAGCAAAAGAGCAUCUGAUGAGGAUGCUGAAGAACCUUCUGGCAAGAUUGCCAAGGUUGAAGUGAAAGAAGAAGAGGAUGCAACAUUGGAUGGAGUUGGGCCAGUGGAAGCAAAGGAGGAACCCAUGGAUGAUGCAGAGGAACCCACCACAGAGGUUAUGAUGAACAAGGCGCAGCUGGAAGAAUUGCAUGGGCUCAAAAGAUUCCCUAAGGGUCAUCAAGGGAAAGCCAACCCGAUGUAUUGCAAGCAUUGUGACAAGAUCUUCGAGGGUCGAAACAGAGCAAAGGUGUGGCAACAUGUCAGAGGACAAGACCACCGUGCCAAAUGGGGCUGCCAAAGCAACAAACCAGAGUCUGCGCAAGUGAAAGUCGAGAACGAUGAGUUGCCAGCUGACAGUUACACAGAUGGACACUGUAGUGGGCUGAAGUUGGGUUCAAGUCUAGGACAAUCUACACGAUUGGGCUCAGACCUUGCUCCAGUGUGGAAGGAGUUUGCGGCUUAUCGCCAAAUGCAGGUUUCAACUCCUUGCGGGGAAUCCACGCACGUUUAUGAGCACCUUGUCACAGAAAACGACUGGAUCAUCCGCCACUGCAAGUGCCAAAAGCAAGAUGCAGUGUACACUGGCGAUGAUGGCUGGUCAACCUGCAAAAUCUGCUUGUCUCUUGGCAAUGAUCAGAAGUUUCUGACACGCACAUCGCAGUUCGUGGCAGACCUGGAUGAGGCGCGGCUACUCUUCCACCGGAUGUACAAGUCAGAGGUCUGCCCUGAGUUCAUCAAGACACUGAAAGAAAAAAACGUGUACCAGAGACGGUGCAAAACCAACUACGACAGAUUCAUUGACUUCGACCUCCCGAAGCUCCAUGCAUCUGUCAGAUCCAAGUGGGUUGGCAGGAAAGGCAGACAAACUUCUGAUGCCAUGGGCAUGCUCAUGGCCCAUGUGGUCCUACCGUGCAUUGAUGUUGAGCCUUCCUAUGGCCUCAAAGAGGCAAAUGUAGACCGUUUGCUGAAGUUCAUGAGCAAUGAUGAGAACAGCAACCCCAAGGAUUUGGAGAUUGUGAAGAGCAUUGUGACUGGACAGGUGUCUCGCAACCCGGCCUUGCACGGUAUAAUGGUGGCCUUGAUGACCCAAUUCCAGAAUAUGGAGAGCGGCAAGACAACAAUGCGGAACCCAAACCGACGAGAUGAGAGAGAGAGCAACUUGCUAUUGGAGGCAGGUGCUGAACUCGCAGCAAUGGGGUGCAAUGAUCGGGCCUUGGCGUUCUUUGGUCUGAAGUGGAUUGAGAAGAAGCGUUGGCAGGGUUCUCUUGCACAGAUGUCGGAAUGGAGCCUUCCAAUCCACACCAGCCCAAGUGCAUCACAGAUCGCAGAGAAUGAUCACACAUGCUCCUUGAUUCUUGCAAGCGACCAGGGACCUCGCAGAAGGCUGGUGCUGGCUUUUGACCGUACAUACUUGGACUCCACCAUGCAGUUGGGGCAAACAUCAGUGGGCCAUGUGAUGUUAGGUGGUGUUCAUCGGCCGCGUGGCUUCAAUCUUGAGAGCGAGGACCAGAUUCCAUUGAAGGCAGAGGAAGGCGGAGAUCAAUUCAUCCACAAAGACAUUUCCAAAGCAAAUGAGAUUGAAUCCUGCCUUGUUUGGGACCCCACCCGCAAACAUGGGCCUACAUUGGAACUGGCGGCGUUUCCUGUGAACACAGCGGCCUCCAAGGAUAGCAGGUUUGAGGCAGUGAUGCCAGACACCAAAACUGGCAGAGGCAAUUGGGAGACUUUUGCUCGCAUUGGUGAAGUACUCGACCAGGCACCUUCUGUCAAGUAUAUUGUGGCUGAUUCACAUGGAUCUCACGAAUGGAUUCGUCGGAAGCUGCUUGGCCAAAGCGUGCCAAUUCCUGAUUCAUUGGUUCAACAAGUGCCUUUCUUUUCGAAGUUGGCUUGGUCUGAUCUUCCAGAGGUUCCCUUUCCGCUGCCUUACAGACUUGUUUCUCAUCCAGACACCGGCCAGACAAUCCAUUGUGUUCCUGGACCAGCACAUCUGCAAAAAAAUUUCGCAGAGCAGCUAUGCAGCCCGCUACGAUGCAUCCAUUUCGGGUCCAAGUUCACCGACUUUUCCGCAGCUCUUGAUCUAGGCCUUUUCCCAGUUGCUUUCAUUGGCACAGAUUCCAUGAGCGAUUGGCAGGCUGCACUUCUGCUGUCUCCAUUGAAUUUCGUGGUGGACCCUUGCCAGAGUCCUGUGAUCAUUCCCUGGGCCUUGGAAGGCGCGUUCCUCAUGUCCUUGAUUGGAGCACAUGUGAAUGCCAGCGUCCUCCACGGAAAUCUUUGCCGGAAGUGGCGAUUGGAAGUUGCGUUCACAGGCAGCUGGGCUGAAUGCCACCUGAUAAUGUUCUCCAAACAUCUCCAACAGCCACCCAAAUAUCCUUCAACUCAGGUUUGGCUAGAUGGAACCACGCACAGAAACCUGAAAGAUGCGCUGGGCAGUGUCAUUUUGAUUCUGUGGUCGCAGGAUGUCCCUCCCCUUUGGUGGCACAGGCUCACAGAGCGGAAUUUGGAGAAGCGAUUUGGGCGCUGCAGACAGUUCUUCCCCAAUUCCCAAAUGAGUGUUGGAGACUACUGGCGGAGCAGUGCAAGAAUCAUGAGGCAAGAUGUCAAAUCCUUUGAUGCGAAGCGCGAGGAGCAGCUUCCUGCACCACAGCCUUUGUCAAAGAACGACUUUCAAGAGAUCGCCGUACGCAGCCUCAAGGCAGCCAUGAGGCUAUCCUCGAUGUGCAGUGGCUGCAAGCUAGAGGAUUUGCAGAGUGACUUCAAGAUGAUGCAACAUCAUGUCGAUGGACCUGCGGUGACUACAACUGCUGAAGAAGCGUCAGGCCUUUUGAAAUGGGAAGUAGUCACUGGCAGUGCAGCCGACACAGUUGAACGCCUCAGGGCAAGCCAAGCUCUUGCGCAGAAUUGGGAUGACGACGCGCUUGACCUGUCGGCUUUGUCCGAUCUUGCUUGCAUUGCGCUGGAAGAGCAGGUGCGCAAACCAGAUGCUUGCCAGACACUGAAAGAGGCCACUCAGGAGGGGACGGGCUCUGAGCCUCGCGCAGACCGUUUGACAUUAGCGGGUGCAUUGAAAGGGCAUGACACAUUUGAUGGUAGCAAAGAUGAUCUUUGGCGCCUUUUGUGCUACCUUCGAAUUGGCAAUGGCUGUGAUGGGGAAAUCGUGAAGGACCACUCCCUUUUGCGGGACAGAGUGAAGCGGAACAUCAAGAAGUGGCACAAUGCUGUUCGACAUGCUCAAGCAUUGAUCAAUGCAGCUGAGCGCAUGCCUGCAAUGAGAACUUCCAGGGAGAGUGCGUGGGUCAAUCACUGUGAAGAUAUCAACACAGGAGACAUUGUGGCGAUCCAGAAGGAUGCUGACUGGCAAGUAGGCCUGGUGCUCAGCAUGUGGCGAAUCUUCAAAAGAGGAGGCCGGUCUUUGUGCCCUCAUGAGCUUCCUCGUGGUUCGCUUUUUGUGGCGCGUGUGGUGAUCAUGGCAGAAGAUCCCACCCCCGGAGUCUAUGAGUCCAUGCGGGCCUUAGCUGCGAUGAGAAAUGAUCUGCAGUCAAUGCAGAAGGAAGCCGCCGCUGGCAAGAGAGCUCCUCGAUCACGACGAAUAGAGCCUGUGAUCGAGAACUUCAAGAGGACCAAGAAGGGCUUCAAGCUCAUGUCGCAGGAGAUGGAGCGCUUGUUGCAGAAGCAGUGCGAACUGUUUCCUGCGAAGUGCAUGACCAAUGUUGACUUCACAGAG